AUGGAUGACAACCAAGCCGUCCAGUAUUUGGAAUCCUUGAUUGGUCAAACACUGCGAGUCCACGCGACAGACACGCGUAUUUUCGUGGGCGCUUUCAAGUGUACAGAUUCGGCGCGAAAUAUUAUCCUCGCGAGCACAUACGAAUAUCGCUUUCCGAGCCCAUCGGCAGUUCGAGAUGCUGCCACUGACGCAGAAAACCAAGACUCCACGAUAGGCGCAGCUCCGAGAAUGUCAGAGUGA